AUGGACAAGUCGUCGCCAUCAACAUCGUCAUUGGGGAUUUCUUCUCGACCAGACAACAUUUCCACUUUAUCCAUAGUGGGUAUGGGGGGAUUGGUUAAAACUACAGUAGCUCAAAUGGUCUAUAAGGAUGACUCCAUCGUGAGAAACUUUGAGCUAAGAGCUUGGGUAUGUGUCUUUGAUAAUUUUGAUAUCUAUAAGAUCUUAAGAGACACCGCAGAGUCCAUUACUAGAAACAAAUAUGAGAAUCCAUCGAAUGUCGACGUACUAGCGAACCAAGUCAAGGAAAUGUUGAUUGGUAAAAAAUAUCUGCUGGUGCUCGACGACUUGUGGAAUGAAGAUGUCGGAGAUUGGGAAAAACUGAAGAGUUACCUUAUCCAUGGCGGCAUGGGAAGCAAAAUACUAGUCACUACACGCAGUCACAAAGUUGCAUCUGUUGUUGGUGGUAAAAUUCAUGAUCUUGAAAAGUUAUCAGAUGAUAUUUGUUGGUCCAUUAAAGAGGAAAAAAUACUAUGUCGAGGUGGAGCAGAUGUGCAGAAGGAUGAAUUGGGUAGCAUUAGGACAUGUAAGAUGCAUGAUUUGGUGCAUGACCUUGCGAUGAGUGUUCAAGAUCCUAAUGAAUUUGGAAUUGCAAAAGUAGAAGAUGGCAAAGAAGAAAUUUCACAAGUUCGUCGUUUACAACUGCUAUUUGAUGAAGGACCUCGUUUGGCAUCUCCAAAUGUGUUAUUGAAUGCCAUGAAGUUGCGAACUCUUAUUGCUGUUGAACCAUAUGAUUUUUCGCAUAUCAAUUCUUUAUUUCGUUGCCGGUGCCACUGUAGUACAGUGGUAAAGCCACUGGGUGGUGAUACCACGUCAAUAAAUCACGUUCCAAGUUGGUUUCUUAGAGAAAUUGGGAAUUUUAAGAGUUUGAGGCAUCUUGAUAUCUCGUAUUCAGAUAUUAAACAUAUACCUGAAAAUAUCGGGUCCUUAGAACAUCUAAGGUUCCUUGAUCUUUCAUAUACACCAAUCUCAAAGUUACCAGACUCAAUCACUUGCAUCAGCAGUUUAAGAACACUAAAGUUCGAUUAUUGUUGGAACUUAGAUGCCUUACCUACAGAGCUAGGAGGACUGACACAAUUAAGGCGCCUUAAUUUGGAAGGUACUGGGAUCGAAGUAUUGCCUGUAUCAUGUAUUAAAAACCUCUGGAAUUUGGAGAUAGUGGAACUAAGAUCAUACUGCAAGCUUCCCAGAGAAAUUAAUAAUUGGCCAAAAUUAAGAAUUCUUACGCACUCUAGAGAUGAUGAUGUAAUGUCUAAAGGUAUAGAGAGGCUCACUUGCCUUGAAAUAUUAGAGGAUUACAUGGUUAGGAAAGAAAAUGUGAUUGGCGAAAGUCCUAAUAAUAGUUGCGGUAGUGGCGUUGAAGAGAUGGCAGGCUUAAACUCCCUUGAGGUGUUAGGUAUAAGAAAUCUGGAGAAUGUGAGAGGUGCAAAAGAAGGCGCAGAAAGAGCAAAGUUAAAAGACAAGCAACACCUUGUACGUUUGGGUUUGUAUUGGGGUUCCACUGAUGAUGAUAGUAGAAGUAUGAAGGAUUGUAAGGUGCUGGAGGGUCUCCAACCUCACUCUAAUCUAAGGAAGUUGUAUAUAUAUGGAUUCUCAGGUGUAAAUCUCCCCAACUGGAUGGUGGGUUGUUCUUUAUCUAAUUGCCUUCCGAAUUUGGUGACAUUAACUUUAACAGACUGCAGCAAUUGUGAGAAGCUCCCAGCGCUUGGUAUGCUCCCAUUUCUUCAGUAUCUUAAGAUUGCGAAAAUGAAAUCAGUCAAGUGUCUGGGCGAAGAGUUUAUCAUCAACAACAACGAGAAGAAGACAGCAGUAGUAUUACUACAAAGAGAUCCCCCUCAAUGUUCCCUUCUUUAG